GAUUCCCACCUUCUCCAUCCUGGUGGAGAAUAACAGGAUGCCCUUCCUAUCACAAUAUAUCUUGUAAUUUAGUGCCUUUUUGGCCUGCUUCCCCGGAAAUUACCCCUUUUGAAUUACAUGAAUAGCGCCCACACUGCUUGGGGAUGGUCAGUGAAACACAUGUUAAAAAACCAACCUCUUCACUUAUUAAAGAAAGAAUUUGUGGGCACGCCCAACCCCAAUGAUGCCCAUUUGUUAAACUGUACCCACAUUAUAGAUUGUACCACAGGCGCUGGCAAUCCCAUCGAAACAUGGAUCAGUUUGGAAGUUAGAACCUUAAUUCGAGAUAUGUGCACCUGUUGGGGAUAUCCUAAUUUUGGAUACCGAAACCGGGACAACCAAUGUAAUCAGAUCACCAAUAAUGUUAAUAUCUGGCUAAAAUGUGGAAUUCCCAUUAACCACUUCCCAAGACAUAAGGUGGGAGAGGAUAAUCAAAUACCCCGGGGAGACGCAGCUACUUGUCAAAACGCUUUGUAUGCCGCCCCUGAGGGGACCGUCUGGGGGUGCUCAGAUGGGAAAAUGUACUCGCACUUGAAUGUUAUCAAACAGGCUGGAUUGCGGUGUGGUUUGGGAAUUCCUACUAUGUGUCCCAGGCGAAUCUUUAAAUAUACCACACCACCUAUUCACAGGAAAAAACGAGAACUUGAUGACCCAAGUAGCACCCAGAAGUGGAUUCAAAGCAUUCUAAAACCUGAUUAUUAUACCUGGGGACAGAAAGUAUCGUUAGAGCUAGAAGCAUUCUUUGCACCAUCUGGGUAUAUUGUUCGGCACCAAUGGGUGCUAGAAAACCUAACUUGGCAAGUACAUGUAUUAAGUAAUUGGACUCGAUAUGCCUUUGGGGAACUAAAUCUGCAAGUGCAACAAGUAUCAAAAAUGGCGUUACAGAAUCGUUUAGCCUUAGAUAUGUUUUUGUUAAAAGAACAAGGUGUGUGUGGUAUGUUAAACUUGACUGAAUCCGAAUGUUGUAUUACCAUUCAUAAUGCCACGACCUCAAUUGAAGAAGCCCGGGCAAAGAUGAAGGAGAUUGCCGACCAGACGGGGGAACUCUUCCAUGCAAUGCAACCAGCUGACUGGUUUGAUGGCUGGAGUCCCAACUCAUGGCUACAUUCCAUUUUGGGAUCCUUGGGACUGACGGGAUGGGGAAAAUGGCUUGUAAAUAUUGGACUUAUGAUAUUAAUUGGAUUUACAUGUUUAAUAGCAGGCCUUGCCAUAGUAAGAUGUAUGAUUAGCCGCUUGCUAUCCUCAGCUGUCUCUCUCUCUUCUCCUACUGUCCGCUAUGUUAAAAUUACCACAGAAGAAGAUGAUAUGAACGAGAAUCAAAGUACAGCGACUGUUUGAGCCACGGGGUGGUGUGACGGUCGGACAAAUUAUAGUCAAUGUCUCAAACAUUCGUUAAAGAACUUUGGUG